UGGGGCUUGUCCGAGCUUGUCCCGGUUGAGUGCAGUAGGGUUAGAAUAACCGACCUUCCAAACGUUUUUCAGUCACCCGUGUCUCGCUUUUCACAUAGGAUGAUAUUCAUAACUUUGUGAGAUAUUAAUCGUGAUUAAGUGCAGUAAAAAUGCUAGCCCUGCAAGGGUACGGUAGUAGUGACGAUAACAGUGGCCCCGAGGAUGAUAUUCCAUCGAUUAACAGACCGAUCGAGGUUAAGAGUGCGAGUAGGGUACCUAACAAUUGUUCCGAAGAGCCAAUUAUUCCAAUUAACAGACCAGUAACCACUCUUCCACUCCAGAUUUGUGCUGCACCCGACGUUGUGCCGACCGGUACAGAACUAUGUGUUCGCCACAUAGAUGCUACAGCCGUCGAGAUAAAACAUAAUCCCAAGUUUGAGGAGUUAUUCGCCCCUGAUGUUGGCCCUGAGAAUCCUUUCAGGACUCAACAGCAGCGUGCGACCAAAAAUAUGUUGUCGGGAUUCGUAGAGAAGGCACAUAUCAGUGAAUUUCAGUUUGAGAAUCAAAGGAGAACGUUUCAAAGCUAUGGUUAUGCUCUAGAUCCAACAGUAGACGGCACCUCAGAAGAAGGAAAAACACUAAUAGGAGCCACCGAAGCCGCGGAAGGCAGUGGUGGAAAGACAGUAUUCGAGACAACAGCACUUCGGGAAGCAGACAAACGGAAGCGACGUCGAAACAACAAUCCAGACGACAUUGAGGGCUUUCUGGGGCCGUGGGGCGGCUAUGUAGACGAGCAACGAGUGUCCAAACCCACCGACGAGGAGGCCUCAGAGCUGGAGGAAAUCCUCGCCAAGCGAAACAAACGAGGAAAGCAAGUGGAGGAAAAACCUCUCGAGGAGAAGACAGUACUGCACAUAAAGGAUCCAGUGGACUACCAAGGUCGAUCUUUCCUUCAUCCCCCUCAGGACGUCGGGGUCAACCUGCGCUCAGAGUCUCCUCCAGAACGCUGCUUCCUCCCGAAAUCCCAGAUCCACACCUGGGAGGGCCAUACGAAGGGCAUUUCCCAGAUCAAGUGGUUCCCCAAGUCUGCUCAUUUAUUGUUAUCCUGCAGUAUGGACUGUAGAGUCAAACUCUGGGAGGUUUACAAGGAGAGAAGAUGUGUCAGGACGUACUAUGGUCAUCGACAGGCUGUUCGGGAUAUCAGUUUUGACAAUGAUGGCAAGAGAUUCCUCUCCGCUGGGUAUGACAGGUAUGUCAAGCUCUGGGACACUGAAACUGGCGCUUGCAUAUCUCGAUUUACCAGCAGGAAAAUUCCCUACUGCGUAAAGUUCAAUCCGGAUUCAAAUAAACAGCACUUAUUUGUCGCUGGCACCAGCGACAAGAAGAUCAUUUGUUGGGACACGAGGUCAGGAGAGAUCACUCAAGAGUAUGAUCGACAUUUGGGGGCUGUCAACUCCAUCACUUUUGUCGAUGAAAACAGAAGAUUUGUGACGACUUCUGAUGACAAGAGUCUCAGGGUCUGGGAGUGGGACAUACCUGUGGACAUGAAGUAUAUCGCUGAUCCCACUAUGCACUCCAUGCCUGCUGUCACCCCCUCUCCAAAUCAGAAGUGGCUGGCUUGCCAGAGUAUGGAUAACAAGAUUGUUAUCUUCUCAGCGUUGAACAGGUUCAAGAUGAACAGAAAAAAGACCUUCACUGGGCACAUGGUGGCUGGAUAUGCCUGCGGACUGGACUUUUCACCUGAUAUGAGCUAUUUGGUAUCUGGUGAUGCUGAUGGAAAGGCUUACUGCUGGGACUGGAAGACUACCAAACUUUAUAAGAAGUGGAAGGCACAUGAUGGAGUUUGUAUUUCAGUUUUGUGGCAUCCACAUGAACCUUCGAGGUUAGCCACUGCUGGCUGGGAUGGCAAAAUCAAAUACUGGGACUAGUUUUGUAUGGGGUUCAUUAUUCUGUACAUAUUUUUGUGUAUAUAAGUGUGUGCUAUCGGAAAUGUAAAAAUGAAACUGAAUAUUUUGUAUUGACGACUGGAUGAAUAAAACAUUAUUCAGAAUUGGAGCUUCUCGACGAAGCUUUUGAAUCAUUCAAAUUUAA